GUGGUAAGGCUACAUCGGUCUUUCGCUCUGCACAAUAAAGGGCAAACCGCCUGCAUGUCAACAUAGACUUCAGGGUAAAACUUUUCCACAAGCAUCCUCCGGUUUGCUUGUUGUCCAGAAAAGCUGAAAAGACUCGCGCAGCCCAGCCAGGAGACGCCAAAUUGUCGUGGAAAUUAGACAACAUUCGCAGACUCGUCCUCUGAAGUUUGUGUUUGAACUUAAUAAAGAAGAAGAGGACGACUGACGCGGUGUUUGUGAAGGAGCUGUUGGCCGUGUUCUUUUAGCUCGUUAGCCGGCUUGCUAACAAAGAAGAUAUUUUGUGAAAAGGAGCAAUCCUCCUCACUAUUUUCUCUAGUUAUGAGUCAUGUGGCCGUCGACGGUCUAGAUCAGCAGCUUUCUGCCCUAGACUUGAACUCUGCAGACGGGCAGGGCGGAGGCACUGGCAGGCGUUACAUUCCUCCUCACUUGAGAAACAAAGAUGCUGGUAAAAAUGCAGGAAAUGCUUAUUCCUCUAGUAGACAGAGCAGUUAUACAGUGCCACCAGUACUGAGCUGUUACCCAAGAUACCCAUCUCAGGAGCUUUCCUUCUAUCACGCAUACAGUGGUGGCUGCCAAGACAGAUGUGACUCUCCUGGAUGGGACGGUGGUCAUAACAACUGCUUUGUUAAUGGAUACCAUGACAAUCGCAUGAAUGGGGCCGGAAACUUUAAUCGUGGUCCCCCUCGCAGUGACAGAGGUGUCCGCGGCAGCUUCCGUGGAAAUAGGGGUGGUGGUACCUUCAACCAACCCAUGCAUAACACAACCUACAGUAGCUUUGAAAACAAAGAUGGAGGCUGGAACACAGGCUUGAACAGGGAUGCGUACUCCAGCUUUGGUGGACGUUCCGACAGAGGGAAGUCUACUUUCUUAAAUGAUAGGGGGACAGGCUCAAGAGGAAGGUUUGAGCGUGGGGGCUUUAGCGCUGGAGGUGGAAUAGGAAACAGUCGGUGGGUAGAAGAGCCCAGAGAUGAAGAGGACUGGUCAAAGCCUACCCCACCCAACGAGCGUCUGGAACACGAGCUGUUCUCUGGAAGUAACACAGGGAUUAACUUUGAGAAGUAUGACGACAUUCCUGUGGAGGCCACUGGCAGCAACUGCCCUGGCCCUAUUGAUAAUUUCCAUGAUCUCGACAUGGGGGAAAUCAUAAUGGGUAACAUAACUCUGAGCCGCUACACCCGUCCCACCCCUGUGCAGAAGCAUGCCAUUCCCAUCAUCAAGGCCAAGAGGGACCUGAUGGCCUGUGCUCAGACAGGCUCUGGGAAGACUGCAGCAUUUCUGCUCCCGGUGUUGAGUCAGAUCUUUACCGAUGGACCAGGAGAGGCCUUGCAAGCUUCUAAAACCAGUGGCCAGGAGAAUGGAAAAUAUGGCCGCCGUAAGCAGUAUCCCAUCUCCUUGGUCCUGGCUCCAACCAGAGAACUUGCUCUACAGAUCUACGACGAAGCCAGGAAGUUCGCAUACCGCUCCAGAGUGCGCCCCUGCGUAGUGUAUGGAGGGGCUGACAUUGGCCAGCAGAUCCGGGAACUGGAGAGGGGCUGUCACCUAUUGGUGGCCACACCAGGACGUCUGGUAGACAUGAUGGAGCGUGGCAAGAUCGGCCUGGAUUAUUGCAAUUACCUGGUUUUAGACGAAGCUGACCGAAUGCUGGACAUGGGUUUUGAACCACAAAUCAGGCGUAUCGUGGAGCAGGACACUAUGCCACCCAAAGGCGCACGUCAAACCAUGAUGUUCAGUGCCACCUUUCCCAAGGAGAUUCAGAUCUUGGCCCGUGACUUCCUGGAGGAGUAUGUCUUCUUGGCUGUGGGCCGUGUAGGCUCCACCUCAGAGAACAUUACCCAGAAGGUGGUCUGGGUUGAAGAGAGUGACAAACGCUCAUUCCUGCUGGAUCUGCUGAAUGCCACAGUCAUUCCAAGUGAGGUUCAGGAAAAUGCAGCUGAAACUCCUGCGAGGCCAGGAAAAGAUUCCCUCACACUGGUGUUUGUGGAGACUAAGAAGGGUGCAGAUGCCCUGGAAGACUUCCUGUAUCGUGAGGGCUAUGCUUGUACCAGCAUCCACGGUGACCGCUCUCAGAGGGAUCGGGAGGAUGCGCUUCACCAGUUCCGCUCGGGCCGUUGCCCCAUUAUGGUCGCCACAGCAGUGGCUGCCCGUGGUCUGGAUAUCAGCAACGUGAAGCACGUCAUCAACUUUGACCUGCCCAGUGACAUUGAGGAGUACGUCCAUCGCAUUGGACGCACAGGACGUGUGGGAAACCUUGGUUUGGCCACCUCUUUCUACAAUGACAAGAACAGCAACAUCACCAAGGACCUGCUGGACAUCUUGGUGGAGGCAAAACAGGAGGUUCCUUCCUGGCUGGAGAGCUUGGCCUUUGAGCACCAGCACAAGAACAGCACACGAGGCCGCUCCAAGAGGUUCUCUGGAGGUUUUGGAGCCAGAGAUUACCGUCAGAUGGCUGGAAGUGGCAGCAGCUUUGGCACCCGUGGUGCUCGUAAUCCAGGAGGCCAUGGAGGCAACCGAGGUUUUGGUGGUAAUAAGGGUGGCUUUGGAAAUUUUGUCAGUGACGGAUAUGGGGGAAGUUAUGGGAACUACGCAGGAAACUACACCCAAGUGGACUGGUGGGGCAACUAAAUGUCUCUGUGCAGUGGCUCACCAUGCCAGACUAGCUGAAUGGAAACCACAUGUUAACUUAAGCCAGACUCUGCGCCCUGUGUAGCUUUAAGAACUCGCAGUACAUUACACGCUGUGAUUCUCUGCCUGCGUUCAGAAUGGCUGUGGCAGAACAGAGUGUCAUUUUGUAGUCAGGAAACAACGAUGGACACCCAGUUAUGUUUGAUCUAGAACAUUGGGCUUAGUUUUCAACUGCACUUUUUCUUUGUUUCGAAGCAAAAACUGAGGAUCAUUUAUAUGUUAAUGUACUGUGCCUUUAAAUUUAAACAGGACAUUGUUUUAUCAUUUCACUGAAUGAACUUUGGCCAAGAGCUCAAUUUGUUUUUGUUUAUAAGGCAUAUAAAGCUUGUAUUAAAUCAAACCUUGGCAAAAAGGAAAAUGUGGCUUGACUGAGUCACGAUUUCAUUUGAACUUCAAAAUUGACCUUAGGGAUAUCAUGUAGCCUACAUAACAGGCCAGAGAACUAACAGCUCAUGGAAGCAGCACAGAAACACUGGACAAGUGUUUUCAUAUGUGGCAACUUUGCUGUAAAGGAUAAAGAGUUCUGACUUUUUGCUCACUCUAUCCUGGGUAGGCACCUAUUUAGGUAUAUGGUAGUCUUCAGAAAGGCCAUUCCAGUUGUGAUAGGAAUAGUCAUGACAAACUGGUAAACACUCUGUGUUUACCUACACUCUGGUUAAUGAUACACAGUGCUGGAACUUGUUACUCCACUGCUUUUAAUUGACUUGACAGUGUUAUGGCAGCUAGUAAGUACCACAUGCUAGCCACUGUUAGCAGGCAGCAUUUUUUUGUUCUUUUUUUUUUUUUUUUUUCUUGAAACAUUUUGAUGGAAGAAAUAUGAAGUUAUUAUUUGGGGGUAAAACACAAACUUUUGAUAAUGUUUCAUCACAAAAAAAACAACAAAAAUAUGCGUGCCAACUUAAAGGCGAAAUUCAAAUAGCUUAAAACGGACCAUAGUACCAAAGCGACCCUGCCUCUCGUCAUGGCCUCUUUGGUCGUAUACGCAUGCUAGUGUUUUGUUUUUUGGUCAAGGACAGAGGACAAAUUCUGUCGCAGGCUUUAUUUUAUUACAAACGUUUUCUCUUUUCAAGCUGCGUUGGAAGGCAUGGCUCAUGUUCCUAAGCUGAGGUGUUAGGAAAUGGCUGAGUCCAUUCUGAGGCAUUGGCAGAUAUGCACAGGGUUUUCGGAGUUGGGCCUGGCAUGCUCUCGGGCUCCGCUGCACUGUGGUGGUCACGAUCACUGUGUGGUGGCCAAACACCAGGUUUGCCCUCCUUUGUGGUACAUUUUUAAUGCUGUCGUCUCCAAGAGUUCAUCUGCUCUGAUGUAAACUAACCGCUGGCUCAGAGCCAGCUUUCUGCUUCCUUUAAAGAGGAAGGAAACCUCAGAGAGGAGGAGGAAAAAAAAGCAUUUAACUCAAGUGCAAUAUAUUUUUCUUCUCAAGUGUGUUGUGCCUUGACAUAAUUUUUCUUUUUUCUUUUUUUUUUUUUAAUUGAUUAAUUCAAGCAGAUGCACUGACAGUAUUAAGAACUUAAAGAUGAAUGGUGCUACUUAAGUUAGGUCUAGGCCCAUGAUGUAUGUUGUGCCCAUCAAGUUUUACAAAGUUCUUUUAUUGCACAUCUAGAGUUUUAUAUAUAAAUGUCUUGAGUGUGUGUUCUCAAGCUUCCAAAUGUUGUGAAUGGGGAGACAGAAACGCAGCUUGUUUACAAAAGGGGAAGGGUUCUCAAUAUUUACCAGGAUUUAUUUGGGACCAGGGGGGAUCAGCAGUGGGGAAUUUAGCUCUUUGCACACAGAUUUCUAGAUUCUACUUUUGCUGCUAGUUUUGUGUAAUUUAUUAAGCAUUUUUGAGAAAUAUUUAUUUUUGUAAGCCUCAAAGCGAUUCUUUGAACGUUUCAAGAAACUUGACCAAAAGACAGUACAAAAACACUGGCACUUGAAUGUUGAAUGUCACCUGUAUGCGUGGAAUUUCUAUACUUGGGGUAGUGUGAGCUUUUUAAUGUUUCAGACUAUAUUGGACUGAGUCAGUAUCCACAGCUGUUGAAGGCCUCCAGGCCAUAUUUCUAUAUAAAUACCGAUUGGCUCUCAAAAUUGGAAAUAAGAGACAAACAUGCCAAGGUUUGGAAUAGUGUUCAAAUGACCUAAUAAUUUCCUAGCUGUAUCAGUGCAUAAAGUGUCCAGUUUCUCCAAAUGUGUGCAUUUAUUCUUUUUAAAAAUGUAAUUUUGUUCUGUUAGGGGUUUUGUUUCAGUGAAUGUCUGGCACAAGGCAAUCUUAAACAUGUGGUUCUUCUCUAGUGUUGCAUUUGCAUAUACAGUGCCUCUGAGUUUACGCCUCUGAGGAGCAGUUAGCAGGUGAUGGUGCUAACAGACACCUGCUGUGGAAUUUAAUGUUGAACCCUGCAGGAAAAGAUGCAAAAGCCUUUCACUUGCUAACUUUUUCUCAGAGUGACCCCAGAGCACUUUAGAUUUAGUAUUUGCUUUAUGUAGUAGUGUAGAAGCUAUGCACGGCAUGAGAGAACUCAUCUGUGCGUUUAUUGUAUGAUUUUACCAAAAUAAAAGUUUGAAAUGCUCAUUCAAAUACACAACCAAGCAUGUUUUCUAAAAUGUUUGUUUGUUGUAGCAGAAAAUGGGGAAGAACAUGUAGCAGCUGUUAACGGUGUGGCUAAAACCUUUAUUGGACUUGUGGAUUAAGUUUGUUUACAACUGAUAAAAUCAUUCUUUCCUGGA